AUGAAUCCGGGGUUUCAUCAGCCCUCGGCUCAUGACGAUGCCGCGCUGACGAAUGCCUCUAGUCUGGAUGCUAGCCUAGUCGCCGGGACUUCCGGCCUAAAUGCCAUCGAGUCAGGGACGAGGGCGUUGAGUCUUGACCAGCAGAGCCUCAGUCAGCGAAGUCUUGGCCAAGGAUCAAGCCGAGAGGUGAUUGCUUCAGGCUUGCCGCAGAUCUACCUUCAACCGAUCGAUGGCCAGCUUCAAAGUGGCGUUCAGCGCAAUGGCGAAGACUCAUCAGCUUCAGAAUUCUAUCAGAACAUCCCCACUACUUAUGUGUAUAGUGGGGAUGAAACUGGGCAAAUUCCGUCGACCCCAACUUUUACGCCUGGAUUUUUACCGAGCUACAACUACGCGCUGACCCCCACAUUGGACUUGAACAUGUUCUGGACUCCAUGGUCUUUCGAAAUGGUAGGAUUUGGGACUAUCGUAGAGGGGAUAAUGAUUAGAUUUUUUUGCUGUAUAGUUCCAACAGGUCAAUAAUUUUUAAUUUUACGGCAUUUUUAACAGAAACAUGGCAUUGACUACCUUAAUCCUACUUUAUUAUUACUUACUCCUUUUCUACCAAUCUAGCACCCUUCUUGUUACAGUACGCGGCCUUUUAUGCCCACCUCGUCGCAAAUAUAAUAUUUUUUCUGAUAUUAAAAAGCGCGCAAACAAAGAGAAAUCUUUCGUUCCUUUGAUUUAUGCGGCUUUUCGUGGAUUGCAAAGUAUCUGGGGCUUAAGGCAGUUUUCAAGGUUUAUUUAUUCAAAAAAAAAGGUGUUAUGGCUUUUAUACUAUAGCAAACAUUGCGGGGCGAGAUACAGUAAGACUUUGGCGAGUUUUUAGAAACAUACUUUUUUGGCGUUUGAAAAAAUUGACGAUUGUUUUGAGGAUUCUGAGCAAAAUAAUGAGUUGAGAGGUGUAAGAUACGUGGAGCCCUCUAGUUUUUUGAAUUGCAUGCAUCUACUGAGCUUCUUGGUUUACUAUAAUUAUCAGUUUUUUCUUGCAAUUUAAUAAAAAAAAUUGCAUAAUUUAUCCGGCUCCAUGUCUGGGUCCAACUUCCAAAAUUUGUAGGAUUAUCUCGGCCCUAAGCGGUUACUGUAAAAAAGUAACGAAUUUGAGGAAAUGGUUGUAAAAUGGAGACUGGCCUACAGUAAUCGCAAGCGGCUUACAACUAAUGCCCUAUUGGCGCUAAUCCUCGGAAAACGGAGGUCAUCAAUUUAUUAACGUCUGAACGUGUACGCCCCUAACUUGGAUGGAAGAUAAAAAGCUGGCGUGAGUAAAAUAAAGGCAUUGUCUAUGGAAUUCGGGGACUUUUAGUAAUGUUUGAUACCUAAAAUUUGUAUAGCAAGAUGUGAUGAGUAGUGUAAUAUAAAAGGAAUGUUGACAAAGUAUCCAAAAGUUUUAAGAAAAUCGGUAGUGGGUCUACUUAGAUGGCAGAACGUCUCCUGAUCCCUUUAUUGAGUUCUAUUUACUCUCCUUCUAACCAAUGAGCUCGCAAUUUCCCCCACCGUAGCCUCGCUUCCAUUGGACAAACUCCCAAAUUUCCACCCCUCGUUUCUUCGCGCCCCUUAAUCUCCACACACAGGGUUAUGACCCCUUCGCGGACCCCAAAAAAAGAGGGAUUUGAGGUGCGGCAAAUAUGAAUAAAACUCCGUAUCCGAGCGAUUUUUUUAUUGCCGCAUGUUUGACCGGUCAGAUUUUCGUAAGAUUCCACGAUUGGCCCCGCCCCAGGAGAUUCUUGACACCAGCGCCGGCGGUCCAGUCACUCCCUGUAUCAUGGGUUUUAAUGGCGCGGCAGUGAUGACGUCGCAACGAUGAUUCGGCCUGAUGAUUUCGCACUUCCAGCUGUAGCGAGCACCUAAUCUCGGCAUAAUUAGGAUUAGCUUUGUUGAUACGGAAUUGUGAUUGGGCUGUAAGGGCAAGGUGGAAUUUUGAGGCAUCUUUUAGAUUACGCUGUAAAAGGGCUUUGCUCUAUUUUCGAUUAAAGAUGUGGAGAUUAAGACUGUCAUAGCGACUGUUUUUGCAGUUUUUGCAGUUUUUGUUUGUUACAGAGAAAAGAGUGGCAUUGUCUUUACGUCACAGCAAUUUACUUAUGUCAGCGGUGUCCGAGGAGCUUGUGGAAGAUUUUUUUCCGAUGUUCUGGCUUUCUCGAUAAUUAGUUGUUGGUAUCUCACGUAGAGUGCCCAACGAGUUGCGGCCGGCAGAUGGUUCAACAUGCCUACAAACUAGCGAAAAAUAUAAUAAAGGAGGAAAAAAUGUUGCUCUAUUGGAACUGCUAGGAUACCAUUUGAUCCAUUUUUUAGAACCCGGUAAUGCCAAUAUGAUUUUCAAUUUGCCUUCUUCAUAAUCAAGAGUUUUUCUUGUUCCUCUGCAGGCACUUUUUGACACUUAAAUCAGGUUAAUUUUUAAUUCCUUUUCGUUCUCUUUGUCGAUUAAAAUUUGCUUGGAAAUGCAUGCGAAAAAAGCUUCCGGCAAAGCUCUUUUAUAUGAAAAAAAUAUCUUCAGUGGUCGUAAGAUUCAUCGGUCAGGUGUUUUGUUAACUUCUUCAAUUCAUUUUCUGAUUUUUCGGGACUUGUAUUACUUUACAUUAUCUACUAAUUGAUGUUGCAAUAGACCUUCAAUAUUCCCAUUCUUUGCCGAAACUUCAAUGCCAUCUUACAGCCUCUGUAAUCCUCUCACCCCAACAUACCAUUCGCACCGUCUCUUGCCGCUACAGAUCCCAUAGAAUUCGUUUGGCUGGAGCCGCGAAAACAUGCAAACUCUCCUUUUUUAUUUCGUUUUUUGUGUUCAAAGAGGCCACAAAAAGGGGGACAGCGGUUUUCACCUUUUCACUAUUGUAAUAUUCCCAUGUCUUGAGAGAGAUUUGUUUAGCCUGAUUUUUUACUUUUUUACCGAUAACUGUGGGCUUUACAAAUUCCAUUUUUAGGAAAUGAUUUUUUUUGGUUUUUUCCAAUUUCACAAGCCAGUUUAAACCGGCCCGUUGGCUGUUUAUCUGAUCGAAUACUAAUAUUCGAUAUGAGUAAUCUGCCAUUUGGUUUGGCUAGGAAAUGUUUACAAUACUUUUUAAGGGAAAUUUCAACUUUUUGAAUGGAAAUAUAGAUAGUGUUGCGUGUUUUAGUACGAUUGUGAGGUUGCAGAAAUUUUGAUGGCAAAAUUUCCGAUCAUUAUGAAAUUUUUGUGCCGAUUUUUUGUUGGAAAUUUGAAAUUUUUUUCGGAAUCUAAACUUUUUUUUGAUUUUUUGCGUUAAAAAUUUUUUUAAACGCCAAGACCUUUUUUUCGUUUUUGAGUCGAUUAGAGAGUUCAUUCGUAUUUUACCAAAAUCUCGUCUGAUCUCGAUUCCUCUCCGUGACAGCGUUUGUUCUCCGUUAUUCUCGUCAAAUCCUCAAAUUUAGACGCCACUGUUCCGUUGAACGCUCUCGAACAGCGGGGCCAUGGACGAUCCGACCGCCCGUUUCCCUUCCAACCCCUAUUUUGGGUUCUUUUCGGUUAGGCCAAGUUUUUUGAUUAAAAAUGGGGACGAAUAGAGGUGCAGGAGACAAGAAAAGAGAGGGAAAUGGGGAGAGAAUACAGGUUACAGUAUGCCAAAUAUGGAAAGUGGAGGAGAAAGCGGGAAAGUUGGUUCAAAAUUGAUGUUACGGUAGAAGACGUAAUAAAAUGCGGAAAAAUGUCAGAACUAAAAUUACAUGCGAAUGAUAGGAAAUGUAAAAAAAAAGAGUGAUUACUGUAGGAAAAUAACCAAUAAUUGUGCCAUAGAACGCAAAUUUUUUAAACAAGUUUGGUCAUCAAAAGCGGCUGUCAAACAGACUAAGAUAAGCCAAAAUUUGGUGUCAAAAGGUAUCACCGAUAUAAAAAAAAAUAUUUUUUUCAAGGCAAGGAUCUUGGGAGAUUUUUUGAGAUCAUUUUGAGUCAAAAAAGUUCAAAAUAUUUAUGAAAAAAGGUUUUUAGACAUUCAUGUCUCUUUUUAUGCCUUGUGAUACCUUUUGAUAAAAAAUUUUGGCCCAAAUUGAUCUUCCUGCCAACUUUAUUGACACCUAGGACAUUUUUCAGGCCUCUUUCAAGAUUGGCACUUUUUUGCUCACCAAUUUUUUACUCCAAUUACCACUACCAUGAUCCAAAACAUUAAUGAUUUCUCUUCUCAUCGGUUUCUUAAUCAAAAUUCCAAAAAAAAACUGAUGAAAGCCGUUCGGCGGCCUUUUUUCUCGCUGGCCUUUUUGUCCCAUGAUCCUGGAAAUACCACCGCAAUAUACAAGGGAAAAGAGAGAGGCCGCAAAAUUACAAAAACUGAGAGAAUUGAUUUUUUUUUGGUGGCUGGAAAUGGGAAUAUUGUUUUUGAAGAUUUGAAGCGAUAAAUUGGGUGAUAAAGGGCAUAAACGGAAAAUUGGGGGUAGUAGUGACCUUUUUAGGGAAUGGGGGAGAAAAGUUUCUUCAAAUUCUUUAUUUGCUCAACUCGGUAAAAAUUACAAUGUGACUUUAAGGAAAGGUUUUUCGAAUAUCAACGCUACUUUAGAGACAACUUAGAGAUCAAAAAAAAUGUUAAAAAAGAUCGUAAAGUAGCUUUAGGCCAUAAAAAAGAUCAUAAACAGACCAAAAUAAGAACAAAUAUAUCGUAAACCUUCUAAUCGUCGCUUUUCCAGAUAAACGGAAACGACCUCACCUCUCCGUUGACUGAAUAUCAGCCCAGCUUCCCAGCGAACCCAAUUCAGCCCCGACUUCCGCCACUCCAGACCGGAUUACCCGACUUUCAACUUCCAUUCAUGACGCGAUCAAGCACCUCCACCGCGCCUUACGGAAUGCGCUCCCAAACGAAUGCCGGCCGAAAGGGGGGCCGAAGACCCAGAGAGAUCGAGGAGAAGGUAAGAAUAUGUGAUUUGAAUGCAGGUAGCAGACGAAAAAUUUCUUGUAAAUUUCUAAAAAAGCUAUUUUUUGCCGGAAAACGUAGGAAGAAAUUGUCAGAACUUUUUUUUCUGUUUCAUAGUCUCGGUCGCAAAGAUAGCUGAAUAUCUCGACUGUCUUUGAAAACCAGACCCCAAAAAAUUCUAGAAUUAAAAGAUCGUCCAGAUGGAGCAUCGACACCAAGUUUGAAGAAAGUCGCCUUUUCGCCCUUCCAGAAAUUUCUAUUUUGUCUAAAACCAGCUACAAACUCCCAAUAUCCCCGGAAAAUCCAAAAAUCUUGUGUCCCCGAAAACGCAUCCAAUCCCAAUUCCCGUGUGUGGCUGAAAUCACCACCGUCCGCCGCUUUUAUGCCCUUACAUUGCUCAUAACGUGAUUUGUCACAAAGCAAACCCCUCCAAAAAAAGUAUGUUAAGAGCGCCGAUGUUUCAUCGGAGGAUGUAUCAUAGUUGACAAUAUCAUUAACGAUUAUUCAUAUGAGAUGAGUAACGGGCGCUAUUCGCAUCGUAUUUCGCUGACUUACGAAGCCGUGGGGCUGAAAAAAAGGUUUCUGGUUGUUUGAGGACGUGUUAUACGACGAAAAGUUUUCUGGGGGGAAAUGCGGGUUAAGACCCAUUUUUUAUGUUGUUGCCCUCAGGUUACAUCUCAAAUUUUUCUUAAAUUCUUUGCAGAUGCUCUAUAAAAGUUACUUAUCAAUUGCUAAAAGUUUGAGGUCCUGAUUUCCCGGGAUGAUCGAGAUAUUCAAAGAUCUUUGCAAUAGACCUAAAAGACGUUGUUUCAUGUUGUUCGGCUUUCCUUCUAUAUAAUCGUAUCUUCACCUUUUUCCUCUGUUUUUGUCGUCCCUUCCUCUGACGCUAAUACAGUAGAAGAAAGUACUCAAAGUACGAACAUCCCUUGUAACACAUGUGCCUGUAAAUAAACGGCUGCACGUAGCUGAAGACCUUGUGUAAACCAUAUCCGUUUAGGGCUAAUGGGCUUUUUUAUAUACCAAAUUAAGGGAGAAAACCACUUAUGAUCGAUUAUCGCUUUCUGAAAGCCUUUGUAAUAAGCUGAUAAGCUGAUUGUGAAGCCUGUUAUUUUUGAGGAAGGGAUGGCUGAAAUCUCUUGAGUAGUCUAAUCGUAGGUACAUUUUUUUGCAAUUUUUGGUGUUUUUCUGCAUAACGCGAUAUCACCAUUCGUUCGAUAGAUGCAUGUAGAAGUUUUAAAUUUCAUUUUUAACAAGUUUUUUGGGUUUUUCAAGCAAUUUUUUAAAGUCAUUUCUGCUCAAAACUUCAAAGAAAUCAAUUUUUAAUCUGUCAGUUUUCACACAACUCUAGCAGAUUUAAUUCCCCAGCUAUCCUUGCAGGACUACGAUCUUCCCGACGAUGAGAAGGACAAGCGUGCCAAGCGUCGCCAGCGCAACAAGGAAGCGGCCGCCCGUUGCCGCAAGCGUCGUUUGGACUUGAUGGAAGCGCUGCAAAUCCAAGUCGACGACUUGAGGGAAGAGAAUCGGCAAAAACAACUGCUGAUCGACCAGCUCACGCAGCAGAAGAACAAACUGGACGAGAUGUUGAGGCAUAACUGCCAAAUGGAGGGCACUCAGAUGAUCAAGGACGACAUGAUGUACAACAACGGGAACGAUUUGAUGAUGAAGGCGCAAUUGAAGACCGAGGUCGAGGAGUACGAGCAACAGCAACAAAUGUAUCAGCAGCGGUUGCAGGUAUGUUACGAAUACAGUGUACGUUUCAUGCGAUUUAUGAUGUAAUUGGCAAAUAGGGAUGCAAAAUUGGAUGAAACUUAGAUUUUAAUGAAAAUUGGGGCAGGAAUAGAUGACAGAUUUUUGAAUUUUCUGUCUGGCCGGCUCCCCUCGUUUUUUAUGCUCUCUCAAAAAAGAAUUUUUGAUUUCUCGACUGAGGAUGAAAAGUUAGGGGUAAAAUUUCAACGUUUACUAAAAUUUAUGACUCAAAAUUCAUAACUCACUCAAAAAUUUCAAAAAAUAGUUCAUGAAAAAUAACGUUCCCCCCAUUUUCAGGCCGACAUGGACCUCUACAAGGACGACGCAAUGAUGGGCGGGCCCGGCUCCCCCAGCAACUACGCCAUCUCCUCGUCCUCCAUGCUCAUCAACAACGAUCCGGUCAUUUCGCAGGCGGCGUUGAAGCGCUCCCGCCAUUCGCCGUUGCCGUCCAUCAACGAGAUCGAGUCAAAUGUCUGCCAUUCGCAGGCGAGUCAUCCGUUCUCGCGGCCAACAAGUCUGCCGCUCAGCACCAUGUCGCAGUACGCUCAGAAUGACAUGAACAUGCCGUCGAUCACGACCCCCAGCAGCGGAUUGGGUAAGGGGUUUUUUCAGAGUCAAAAAUAAAAAAAAAAUUAAAAAAGAAAAAAUCAAAAAUAAAAAAAGUAAAAAAAAUCAAAAUUUUUGAUUUUUUUUACUUUUGAAAAGUCUAAAAUAAAAAAAAAAAACGAAAAAUUGAAAAUUUAUCAAAUUUUUUCAGGCGGAGGCUACAGCCUGCUCGACCAGCAGACCUUCCUCACCCCGCUGGUGCCCGGAGCCGUCCCCGUCCCCCUGCAAACCCCUCCACACAACGGCGAACUCCGCCAACUCUAA